AUGAGCAGAGCAAACAUAUCAACAGUGGCGGAAUUUCCUUCCGGUGUCUUUGCUGAGAACCUGGUUGUUCGCUAUGACAGCUCUAUCCUCGUCACCGACCCAGCAGCGAAGCAAAUCCACUUUGUCCCCAAUCAGAUCAACAAAAUUUCGACACCUGUGGCCCUUCUUCGUUUUGAGCAGUCACCGAUGGGUAUUGUACAGGUCCGACCCGACAUCAUUUACGUUACGACAAGCACCCCUUUCGACUUCAACAGCACUAAAACCUUAUGGCGCAUUGACAUGCGUGGUUACGAACCUGGAGCGCCAGCCCCCAUACCUACAUCCGUUUUCGAGUUCCCACCAGAAGCACUCUUUCUAAACGGUCUGACGAUGCUUUCGCCCUCCGUUCUACUAUGCGCAGAUUCCCGUUCAGACCUAAUCUGGCGCAUCGACUUGCCAGAAAGAGGAACCAAAGCGUCAUUACGUGUCUGGCUCAAGCAUGAUAUGCUUGCGUACAGCACAGCCCCGGGUAAAGAAGACGUUCCAGGAGUGAAUGGGCUACAGGUGGAUGGGCACAAAAAUUAUCUGUACUUCACCAACACAGCACAGCUAAUAUUUGGUCGCGUUCGCUUUCACCCUUCGACGCUCGAUCCUAUUGACGAACCUAUUCAUGUUACGGAUCGCUGGAUGCAGGCUGAUGACUUCAUUCUUGACAAGGUGGCGGGACUGGCAUACGUCACGACUCAUCGACAGAAUAGCAUCGUGCGCGUUGACCUGAACACCGGUGUUAAUUCAACUGUCGUUGGGGAUCCUCUCAAUCUAGAAUUAAUAGGUCCGACUGCAGGCUCUUGGGGCCCAAAGCGGCGAGAUUACGGUAAAGUAGCAUAUUUUGUUACUGAUGGCGGAUUCAAAAACCCAUUUAAUGGCAAUGUAAGGGAAUCAAGAGUUGUAAAAGUUGUAUUCCCCACAGGAAACUUGUAG